GGAUAGGCAUUCAGGAAAAGUUGGGGAGAGACCAGGCCUCUUGAAAUCCUUGGAACUGUUCUGUGUCCAUUUUCACGUUUGAUGCAAUAAAAUAGCAGUUUGAUAUACAGUUUUCAUUCUUUCAGUAAGCAAUUCAGCCUCUUCAAAUCAGGUUCUUAUCAAUUUGGUAUCAGAGCAGUUGAUUCUCGGAAUAAUGGCAGCAGAGAAUUAAAGGAGAGUUUGAGCUUGACAAAAAGUACGUUGGAGAAGAUGUUUCCAUUUCAGUAAGCAAUUCAGCCUCUUCAAAUCAGGUUCUUAUCAAUUUGGUAUCAGAGCGGUCGAUUCUUGGAAUAAUGGAAACGAUUGUCAGCAGAGAAUCAAAGGAGAGUUUGAGCUUGAUAAAAAGUACGUUGGAGAAGAUGGUAAUGCAACAGAAAGGAGAUCGAGCCAUUGAUUUAAGGUUGGAUUCAUGCGGCCGACUCAACAUAUGGAUAUUCUAUGGGGAUAAUUUAGAGUCGUGGCUAUUUGAGGCGGAGAGAUGCCUAAAUAUGAAUCGCGGCUUACCGAAGAGGGAAAAGGUAGAAGCCGCAAUCACUUGCUUCCUUGGAGAAGCUUGGGCAUGGUUUCAAGAGAAAGACGAUCGAGGACAGAUACAAACCUGGAAAGAAUUGAAGGCGUUGAUGUUGGAUCAAUUCCACGUGAAGCAGACCUUCGAUGGUAAGUUUUUAGACAGGAAGCAGGGGGAUGACUUGAACUGGGAGACGGCACGAGAAGAACAACGUCGUAAAUUACACGUCUCCAUCGCCAUAAUCGGUGGAGGAGAAAUUCCAUCGCACGAAGGAGAUCUCCAUGGUUCAUGAAACUCUAGCGAUUAAACAAUGGGACGUGAGGACUGGAGAGAUGUUGGAAGCCCUAGCUUCUUCGACGGAAGUGUAUGAACAAGGAUAAUUGCUGGAGGAGAAUUCCACGGAAAAGAAAGGGGAAAAGAGUGGGGUUGAAUUGAUGGUUGAAUUUCAGAUAAAAGAAUCUGUGGGCUUGGAUUUGGAAUUGACCCAACCGGUGGAAGGUAGCAAUGAACACAUUUCCAAUUCUGAAAUCCCAAACAAAUCUGAUGACACCAGAGAUGGUAAUUGCCGUAAUGAAUCAUGGAAGGUGGAGGAAAGAGGCAAACAGUUGGAUAUACCUAUUUCCGAUGGUGUCAGUCCCAACGGUUGGUUUUCUCGAGUAGAGAGGAAAUUUAACUUAAACCAGUUUUCGAAUUGGAGGAAGCGAUGGGAUGAAAGAAUUUGUGGAUCCUUUUCCAAAUACGGUAGCAAGCUUGAUUGCAACGAUGACCAUGGAAGUAGAAGGGAGAGUAACGUAGCAUGAGUUUGUGGUGAUAAUCGAAGUAUGGGGUUAAACACAAAUUAAAUUCGAAUAGAUAAACUCACAACUUCCAAAUUUUGUGCACGGACGGAACUGGUUAUGGGAUUUUCAUUUAUACCAUUCUAAUUGUAGGUGGUCGAUUAAGUUUUGAGGCUUUAACACCAAUACAUAAUUGGCUAAAUAGCACAACUCAUGCUCCUUCUCUCAAAGAGAGUCUUGUUGAUGCUAACAACAGAUUUUUCACAAUUAUACCUUCUAUCUGUCUGCAUGUGAUUAAAGAUGAGGAAGACUUUUUGAAGGUGCAAAUGCUGGAAGCACCCCAGGACAUUGAAAUAGCUUCAAGAGUAGUUGGUUUUGACAUGAAUAAUGAUGAAUCAAUCGAUGAGAAGUACAAGAAGCAAAUUUGCCAUGUUUCACCUCUCUCGCAUGAUAGUGAAGACUAUCGCCCGAUUGAGAAAUAUAUUCGGACUACACAUGUUCCUUCUCAUACGGAAAGGGCUCUUGAGUUGGAGAAAGGAAGUGAAUUCAACAAGGAUGCCUCAUAUCAAGUAAAACUGAAAAACAAAAUGCUUCUCAAGCACUUUGACUGUACCUAAGAAUAUUGCGUAGGAAAUUGUUCGGCUAUAUUGUAAGCUGCAAUUGGUAAUUUUCCCAGACUUCAACCUUGAGGACAAGGUGGUUAAUAUUCCAAUACAAGUUUGUUAUUCAUUCACUAUUUUAGAGUAUUCCACAGUUAGUUAGCAAAGGGUAAAAUUGUAAUAGAAAACUAAUAAAUUCUCUAUAAAUGUAAUGGGGGGAGCCGGGAUAGGCAUUCAGGAAAUAUUGGGAAAAUUUGGGGAGAGACCUAGCCUCUCAAAAUCCUUGGAAUUGUUCGUCUAUUUUCACGUUUAAUGUAAUAAAAUAGCAGUUUGAUA